GAAACCUGCUGUUGUUUGCAAUCUUUUUCUCAACAAAGAACAAAGCUUUCCCCCCCUAUAAAAAUUCUAAACCAUCAUUUAUUCUUUCACCCACCCAUCUACUUCACCAUCUUCUCUUUACUCCUUCACUUUAAUUCCCACAAAAAAGACCAGACCUUUGCUCAAAAAUGGAGUCUUCUGGUCCUUCAAGGAGGCCUUGUUUUAUUGAAGAAGAUGAUGGUUUGGCUUCUCUUGUAGACAUGGAAGCUGGAUAUUCAGGAACCCAUUACCAAAGUUGUAACCAAAAUGGGUUUUUUUCAAGGCCUCUUUUGUGUUACUCAAGGAGGAGUAGUUUGAGGAAUUUGGCUUCUUCUUCUUCUUCUUCGGUUUUCUCUCCGAGGUUUACUAGGUUUUAUGAUGCCAGAUUUGAAGAUCAUCAUUAUCAUCAACCCCAUUUCUUGGAUGCUUGUUUCCUUUGCAAGAAGCCUCUUGGGGGUAACCGUGACAUCUUUAUGUAUAGAGGGGACACACCGUUCUGUAGUGAAGAGUGCAGACAAGAACAGAUAGAUAUGGAUGAAGCUUUGGAAAAGAACAGAAACCUUUCUUCUUCAAUGAAAGCUCUGAGAAAGAAGGAGCAAAGGAAAUCUAAUUCUCCAAACAAAGCUCAAGAUUACCCUUUCUAUACAGGCACUGUUGCUGCUGCUUAAAAUCACUUCAGUGGUUAUAAACCAACAUACCUACCAUACAUGAAUAGUGACAUGGAGAUCCGUGGAGAGUAGGGCCAUGAUAAAAGAACCUGUUCUGAUGGUUUUUUUUUUUUGAAGGGUGUUUUUUUUUUUCCUUCUUUUUCCUUGAAAAAAGAAAUCAUAUAUAUACUAGAUUUUAACUGUGAAUGUUAUAUAUAGACUGGAUCUACUCUAUGAUGUGGCUCUUUUUUUUCGUCUUCUGUUUUUGUUAAUUAGAUCGACUUUGGUUCUUUCUUUUUGAUUCAAUGAAGAAUGAUAAGAAGUUUUCUUAGACUA